AAGGUAAGUUGUUCAUGCCCCUGAUCAGGGUGUGUCAGCCGCCUUUGUGUAUCACUAUCAUUUAGACUGUAGUUAUCACGAGAAUAAGUGAGUUUAGCCACUCGGGUUCACUUCAUUUGGCGACAAGGAAAACCGAGCCCGUUUCCUGUUCUUUGAUCAAUUUUUGGUGUGAGAAAUUUUUAAAUUCCUUUGUCUGCCGCCAUAUUGGAUAGGUGGGGGGAGUGAAAGUUUAUUUAACUCCACGAUCCGUGUGCAGGGGUGGCAAUACUUUUUAUUGUCCAGCAUACCCUUGUACGUCCAUUUGGUGGUAUAUGAAAGUAAUGAUUUUGGUUACUAAAUUUAAAGAUUAAAAGGAAAUUCUUAUAUCUAAAUUUGAUUAUAAAGUAAUCUUACUUAUUCUUGGGGAUAACGUGAGGACCCCCAGACUAAUUGGUAGUGAUCCCCCAUAUAUACUGCUUAUAUCUGUUUCUUAAAGGUAAGGGUUUAUUUUUACUAAAUUUAUCUUAAAAAAUUACCAUAUUUGGAGAUUUAUUCAGGGUAUUGUUUCUUAUUUCUUUGUUUAGGGUUAAGUUUUUCGGGAAUUUUGAAUUAAAUUUUUGAGGGAAGGUAUUUUUGGGUUUACAUUUAUUUUCAAUUUUUUACAAAUUUUUAAGGUCAAAAGUGAACCUUUGACUUCAUUUAUUAUAUUUCCGGCUACAUUUAGCCCAAGAACAGACAGCAGUAUAUAUUUACAUUGCCCGUUCCCUUGUCUUUUACAAAAGUACCCCUCAGCCCUAUUUUUGACCCUUUUCCUGACCUUCUCGGUGAAACUGAAAUUUCCGGAUCACUAGAAGACAGGUCUUCUUAUUAAUUCUCACACUAAUUGUGGACAAAAAGUGCCUCUUUUACAGAAAAUAGCUGGAUUAGUGUGAUCUUUUGUUAUUAAUUAUGGCAAUGGCAAAAGAAUUUAUGGUGGAUCUCACAAAUGCUACCAUAAAUGAUUUAAUGAGAGUACCUGGCAUAGGUCAGAAGCGUGCAGAAGCUCUUUUAGAUUUCAGAGAACAAGGUAUCUGUUUGGAUGAGAAUUUUCUUCUACAAAAAUUAGGGUCCAAUCUUUCAUCUAAAGUGUUCCCCUAUUUUCAUUUCCAAAAUAAUUUCAGACCAUCUAAAUCUUUUGGGGGGGCCAGACCCAAAGAAAGAAAAGAAAACUCUUCCCAAUCUCGUCCAACAAAGAUGCUUAAUCCUGUUACCGAAGAGCCGACGCAGCUAUCAACGUCUAUUGACCUAUCUAUUCCUGAUGCUGUAAGCCAAGAGCAACGUUCUGAAAUAGAACAACUUUUAUACCAAAACGAGCAAUUAGAAAAACAAAAAAUGCUCAAUUUUUCAAUUCUCAAAGAAAAAAUUCAAAAAUUUAAAAAUCAAAGUGAGCCACCUAAAUUAAAAGUUCCACCUAAAUCAGCAUUUGAACCAGGUAGGCCACUUAUGCAAGACUAUCAGGAAUUUGAUAGGGAACUAGACGACAUUACUAGACGUUUUUCUUUGCCUAUUGACAUUUGCUCCAAUAUUCCCCCACCUCAUGGUGGUGGGAAUCAACCCAAUUUUGUUGGUACAGCGAACAUUUUGGGUGAAAACAAAACAUCAACUACUGCCCAGAACAGAGUUCCGGAUCAUGCUUUGUUUAAUCCUCAGGGAUAUAUAACACCUAUCAAUCCCCCUACUAUAGCAGAUCCUAAGCCACAGUUUUCAAACCCUGAUCUUGAUGAUUCGCUACCACAUUUGAGAAAUCCAGGCCCCAAUUUGUCCCAAUUGCCCAAUGUCCCUAAAACCCAUUCAUUACAAAUACCAGGCGCCAAUAAUGGAGUAGGUGACACGCUUAUUCCGGAACUUGGUAUUCCUCAAAAUUUUGGUAUAAACCCCAAUAAAAUUUCAAAAACAAACCAAUUCAAUCCACCGGAUGCUGAGCUUGGUAGGGGUACAAUUCCCUUUCCAGGUGAAAUGUUCAGUGUUCCCCAACCCGCUAAAACUGGAUUCUCAAAACAAUUGGGCCCAGCAACACUGACUGAAGAAAAUCCUGUUGAGAGUUCUCUCCCACCUCUUUCAACUCUAAAUUUUUUAGAGCCCCAAAAGGCAAUCAAAAUUAAACCAUCAAAUUUGCCUAGGGAAGAAGAAUUAUCUCAAAAUAUGCAGUGUUAUCCAAGGUCAGUGAAAUCCUCUGUCUUUCCCAAAGCUCAUGUUACAGCCCCCCAUGUCAUUCAACAAGAUAGGGGGAAUCCUAUUGAUCUUCCUAAGAAUCUCUCCUUCAAUGGUAAAGAGGAUUGGGAGGACUUUAGGUGCAUGUUUCAAAGCUACAGGGAAGUAAAUGGAUGGACGGAUAGUCAGUGCAAAGAUUUCCUGCAUUGGAGUUUAAAAGGGAAAGCCCUCAGUUUCUUUACGAAAUUGACCCGCUCCAAUCCCCUUAUCACCUUCCCUGCCCUGAUGAAUAAACUUGACAUUGUGUUUCGAAAGGAGUAUAUCCCAGAAACUUCCCGUGCUGAGUUUCAUCAGGCCGCCCAACUACCAACUGAGACUUUAAAUGAGUGGGCAUGUCGGGUGUUGUUACUGGCCACAGACGCGUACCCAGAUCUCCCUGAAUCUUUCACUCUUAAAGAAUGUAUCACCAAAUUCUGCCAGGGUUGUAUUGAUCAGGAGGCGGGUAAAUAUGCGCGACUGUCUCAACCUAACACCUUAGAGGAUGCUAUGAACAAAGUCAGUUAUUUCCAACAUGUGUCCAAAGACUCUCUGGAUUAUAAAAGAAAAAACAAAAAGCCCAAGGAAGAAAUCUCAGUUAAUCCAGUUGGAUUAAACUUGACUGAGAAUCCUCCCGACAAUACCCCAAGCUUGUUGGCCAAACCCCAACUUUCUUCGCUCCAAAUUAAUUCCAUGUCUGAAUUAGAAACCAUUGUUGAGCAACUGAUAGAAAAACAUCUUACCCAGGAUUUUCGGUGCUAUUUUUGUAACAGCAGUGUUCAUUUCAAAAAAGACUGUCCCCAAUACCAACAGUGGGUAAGACAAAAAUCCUAUGUUCAGCGCCAAAUUCCUCAAGUUCCUCAACAACAGCCACCAACAAGAGCUUUUCGGCAGCCAUUUCAACAAAAUCAAAAUAGACCAUUUUUUCAAAAUCAAGCCCCUAGAAAUCAAUUUUCUCAAAAUCAGUUUUCCCAAAAUCAAUUUCCUCAAAAUCAAUUCUCCCAACCUCGAUUUUCCCAACCUCGAUUCUCCCAACCUCGAUUUCCUCAAAAUCAAAAUACCCAAGGCCAAUUUUUUCAAAAUUCACAAGUUGGGAGAAAUCCACAGUCACAAAAUAUAAAUUUUCACCAAAACCAAAAUAGAUCCAGACAAAUGAGUCAAAAAGGCAAUUCUGGAAAUUCUUUAAACUGACUGGGGCCAAGGUAA